AUGUCCAAACUCUACGACGUUCUCAUAAUCGGUGGCGGUCCAGCAGGCCUCUCCUUGGCUUCCACCCUCGCCCGCCAAGUCUACUCAAUCCUCAUUCUCGACUCAGGCGUAUACCGCAACGCUCCUUCAAAACACAUGCACAAUGUUCUCGGCUUCGAUCACGUUGAUCCAGCUUCUUUCAGAGCCAAAGCCCGCGAUGAUCUCGAGAAGCGUUACAAUAGCGUCGAGUUCCAGUCUGCGACGGUCGCUACUGUUCGCAAGACGGGCGAUGGCACCUUUGAAGCUGUCGAUCAGGAGGGAACUGUAUACAAGGGGAGGAAACUUGGUCUUGGGACUGGUGUGAGGGAUGUUUUUGACGGGUUGCCUGAGGGUUAUGCUGACUGUUGGGGACGCGGCAUCUUCCAUUGUCUUUACUGCCAUGGCUUUGAAGAACGAGGUGCAGAGUCAGUAGGUGUCUUUGCAGGCGGCAUGAUCUCCAACGCCGACAUGCUCGCUCAUGUAACGCCUAUGGCCAAACGACUCUCCCACUCAGUAACAGUCUACACCAACGCCAACACCUCUCUCAUCGCACCCAUCCAAAGCAAGAUCCACAGCAGCAAAGUAAACUACGACGACCGCAAGAUAACUUCCUUCACGCUCGUCAACGACGGCCCUGCUGUGAAGAUCACCUUUGAGGAUGGAACGUCCAAGGUAGAAGGAUUCGUGGUGAAUCACCCCAACGUUGUGCAAGCGGCGCCUUUUGCAGAGCAGCUUGGUCUGGAGACAACACCAACGGGAGAUAUUAAAGUCGAUGCGCCGUGGAAUGAGACGGGUUUGAAGGGUUGCUUUGCAUUUGGUGAUGCGGCGACUAUGAUGAGGAGUGUGUUGCAGGCGAUGCACAUGGGGGGAUUUGCGGCGCUGGGAAUGGCGAUGCAGUUGCAAAAGGAGUUUGAUGAGAAGGAUGAGCUGUGA